AUGAAAUAAAUAUUGGGAAACAACGAAAUGCAAAAAGCGACCUACUACGACAGCUCUGCGAUCUAUGGAGGCUAUCCCUACCAAGGAGCAAAUGGUUUCGCUUACAAUGCUAGUCAGCAGCAAUAUUCUCCGCCUUCUGCUUCAGCGCUGGUGGAAACCGAGUACCAUCGACCUGCAUGUUCUUUGCAGUCCCCCGCCAGCACCAACAGCACUGUGUCCCAUCACAAGGCCAAUGAAAUCAGCGAGAGUUGUAUGAGGACCAUCCCCAGCCAGUCUCUCCAGCCCCCAAUCCUAUCAGAACAGUCCGAGCAACAGCCUCCGACCCAGCAGGCACCACUACUGCCCCCUCCUCCUCCUCCCCCCUCCGUGUCACCACCUCAAAAUGCUACUGCCAACAGCACCCCUGCCAAUGCCACAAAGAGCUCCAUCCUGAACUCACCUACCAUGUCUAAACAAAUCUUUCCCUGGAUGAAAGAAUCUCGGCAAAACACCAAGCAGAAAAACAGCAGCUCCAGUUCAGGUGAGAGUUGUGCUGGUGAUAAAAGCCCCCCAGGGCAAGCUUCUUCUAAAAGAGCUCGCACAGCUUACACCAGUGCCCAGCUGGUAGAACUGGAAAAGGAGUUCCACUUCAAUAGAUACCUUUGCAGGCCAAGAAGGGUAGAGAUGGCUAACCUCCUAAAUCUCACUGAAAGACAAAUCAAAAUAUGGUUUCAGAAUCGCAGGAUGAAAUACAAAAAGGAUCAGAAGGGCAAAGGCAUGAUGACCUCUUCUGGAGGACAAUCCCCCAGCAGAAGUCCUGUCCCUCCAACUGCUGGAGGUUUCCUGAAUUCUAUGCAUUCCCUCGUCAACAGUGUUCCAUAUGAGCCCCAGUCACCACCAUCUUUCAGCAAGACUCAUCUGAAUACCUACAGCAUCACUACAUCAUAUCCGACUCCUAUCAAUAACUGCCCUCCUCCUCAAAAGAGGUACACCGGAACUGCAGCAGUGACACCGGAAUACGAACCUCACCCUCUUCAAGGCAAUGGUUAUGGCAAUCCACAUAUACAGGGAAGCCCCGUCUAUGUUGGGGGCAAUUAUGUGGAUACCAUGGGAAAUUCGGGACCAUCUAUCUUUGGUCUAACUCAUCUCCCUCACCCAUCCUCUGCCAAUAUGGACUAUAGUGGGGCAAUGGGCAACAACCAUCACCAUGGACCUUGUGAUCCGCACCCAACAUACACAGAUCUUACUUCUCACCAUCCUUCUCAGGGAAGAAUUCAGGAAGCACCCAAACUGACCCAUCUGUAA